CAUCGAAUAAUAAAGUAGAAAGUGAUUUUUCUUUCAUGACUCGUCAGAGUGUGUGGAGUCCAUCUUGCUUUUCUUUAUUGUGUGCUCUCGAGCGUCCUUUGCCGUCACGGGGAAAGGCACGCGAAUGUCGCUCAGUUGGGGCCUCGGGCCCCAUCCGGGUGCCGUGCCGGCGGUGGUUCAAGUGGGGAGGUUCCCUUUGCGCACACUGAAAUGAGUGGGUGGUGAUUUUUGGGCGUUUUCUUGCUCAUCAAAAUUCCGGGUGAUUUUUCCACGAUGCCGGUGUGACAUCACAAUGGCGGCUGCUGCAAAAGCGCCCCCAGAAAAUUUGUGUUCAAAACUCUAGUUGAAGAAAAUCACACAAGAAGUUAACCGGAGUAAAUUGUGAUGAAGUAGUUUUGUUAUGGUUUAUUUUUGUAGUUUCUGUGCAUCAAUUGCCUGAAGAAUUUCCGGAGGAGAAAUUCAUUGAUAAAUUGCCAAAGACUCUCCGUGAUAGUGUGUGUUUGUGGGUGAUGAGUGUGUGUGUGCUUUUGGCUAUGUUUAUUUAUGUUGCGCCUUGAGCAAAUUCAGCGAUACUAGUUUUGAAAUGGUGGGAAAAAUUGUUGUUAACACAUCCUGAAGAAGAGUAAUUUUGCAAUGGUUAUUUUUUUCAAAAUAAUACAUUCUUUAUAUGAGUUUAAAAAGUGUGGGUUAUACUUUAGUUUUGGUGAAGUUGCAGGAGGAUUGGAGCUGCUCUCUGAUAUCUGUGUAUAAGUUUGAAAUCUUUACUCUUAUUUGGGUCUAUUUUCCAUGAAAACACGGUCAUUUUUACUUGAUUGUAACUUGUUUGAGAAAAAAAUCUGUGCCUCACAUUUUGUUUUCAUGGCAGGUAAAGCCCAAUUGAACUUUCCUAACCACGCCUUAAAUGCUCACAGAAAAGAUCUUAAUCUCUCUGUUAUUUUCCCUUCGCAGGGUCUUUUAUUGUACAUUUCAGUAUUCAUCCAGCAAAAAUCUGCGAGUGUGAUCUGAGAAGGAGCUUCAGGACUAAGGACACGCUGUUUGUCUUUAUCUUCUGUCCAGGCGUUGGGAGUCAAACAAGAACACACAUUUGAACUGGAAAAGACACAGAACCGCGAAGGCAAGAUUGGGCACAAGGCUUACUCUCAUGAGUAGCGUAAGACCCACUGAUCGAAUCACUGUGAAGAUCCAUAAUAUGAAACGUAGUGCCUCUCGUGAUUCGCCGCCACGAUCGAAGAGACGCACGAGCAUGGGACGCUACGAUGACAGUUCGGACGAGCGGAUGACGCCGGAGCGCAUGCGGCGCCGCGUGGCGCGCUCACCGAGCCCGCGACCGCGUUACAUGUCGCCGCACCGUGAGGAGUACAUCAGGGCGCGCGAGAUUCCGCCGGAGCGCUAUUCGUACAAGGUGCUGUGCGUGAGUGCGCUGCACCCGAAGGCGUCGGAUGAGUUCAUCAAGGAGACACUGUAUCGCGAGUACAAGAAGUUCGGCGACUUCUCCAUCAGGAUUUCGCAUGACCUGGAGGAGCGAGUGGCGUAUGUGUGCUUCAGGACGUCCGAGGAUGCACGCGAGGCGAAGCACGCCAAGCCGAGGAUCAUUCUCUACGAUAAAGUGGCCAUCGUGGAGCCUGUGUAUGAAAGUACGAGGCAUGAGUACCGCAUGCGGCCGAGGAGCAUCACGCCGGAGUACGAUAGGCAUUACUAUUCCAGGUCGCCGGGACCCGAGAGGCGGCGUCCCAUUGAUCCGUACGACAGAUAUCCGCCGCCGGUGGUUAUGCAUCAUCCGCGCGACUUCCCGCCCAUGGGGCAUCACGAUUACAUGCCAAGAGGACCGCCGAUGCAUCAUGUGCCCAUCCAUCCGGGGGGGCCGCCGCAUCACCCGCGCCACUACAUGCCCAGACACAUGACGCCGCGUCCGCAUGUGCCGUACGAGAAGCCGGAGAACAAGAAGGACAAAUUUCCCAACUACUUGCACCACAUUCAGCCCGAGGACGAUCCGUUGUCCACGCGCACGCUGUUCGCCGGGAAUCUGGAGAUCAAUAUCAGCGACGAAGAGUUGAGGCGAAUCUUCGGCAAGUAUGGCAUUGUGGAGGAUAUUGACAUCAAGCGUCCGCCACCCGGCACUGGCAAUGCCUUCGCCUUCGUGCGCUACCAGAAUCUCGACAUGGCGCACAUGGCCAAGGUGGAGCUGUCGGGGCAGUACAUUGGCAAGUUCCAGUGCAAGAUUGGCUACGGAAAGGCCACGCCGACGACGCGCAUUUGGGUGGGCGGUCUAGGCACGUGGACGUCUGUGACGCAGCUGGAGAGGGAAUUUGACAGAUUCGGCGCCAUCAAGAAGAUCGAGUAUCAGAAAGGUGACACGAGUGCGUACAUUCUCUAUGAGUCCAUCGAGGCGGCGCAGGCGGCGGUGAAGGAGAUGCGCGGCUUCCCCUUGGGUGGGCCUGAGCGUCGCUUGCGUCUUGACUUUGCCGAUGUGGCGGGCUCUAUGCCGUUCCGGCCGAAGCCGCCGGCGCCCGGUUACGAGGGCGCCGAGGGCACAGACUUCAGGCGCGUGCCCACGGAUUACCCGGACAUGGGAUAUGAGGACAGCUCAGCGUACUAUGGACGCGGUGCGUACCGCGGCCGCGGCGGUAGCACAUACAGAGGACGUGGCGGAUAUCGCGGCAGUUAUCACAACGAAGGCAGCCGUCCGGAGGGCGAGGAAUGGCGUCGCGCUCCGGCUGAUCUGGAGUAUGAUUCUCAUCGCGCCAGACGCUCAAUCUCCCGCGAACCGGGUGUCGAUCGCUCAAGAUCACGCUCACCGCGUCGUCGGAGUCCGGACAGUGAUUCAGAUUCGUCGUCGCGACGGACUGGUAUGCUCUGCUCGGCGCGCACUCUGCCCGAGGUGGCCAGGAAGUGUACGACACUGUGGCAGGGCGCUCUCAUUCUCAAGUCAUCCCUCUUCCCGGCCAAGUUCCACCUCACGGACGGUGACACGGACAUUGUGGAGGGACUGAUGAAGGAUGAGGACGGGAAGCACCACUUACGUAUUACACAGCGAUUGAGAUUGGAUCAGCCGAAGCUGGAGGAUGUGCAGAAGAGGAUCUCCACGUCGUCGUCUCAUGCCAUCUUCUUGGGCAUGCCGGGAUCCACGUCUUCAGUGACAAAUGACGAUGCUGGCGUGCAGACACGUCCGCUGAGGAACUUGGUUUCGUACUUGAAGCAAAAAGAGGCGGCCGGCGUGAUUUCGCUGCUGAACAAGGAGACAGAAGCCACAGGUGUGCUGUACGCCUUCCCGCCGUGCGAUUUCUCCUCAGAAUUGAUCAAGCGCACUUGCCACAAUGUGACAGAGGAGGGACUAAAGGAGGAUCACCUCGUGAUUGUCGUAGUUCGCGGAGGGACUGCUUAAGCGGAGAACACUCCUUUUUUUUUUACUAAUGAAGAUUCCUUUUCAGUACGUGUUCAGUGGUGUUUGCUGAGAAUUGCAGUGUAGUGGCGAAAAGAACAUGUAACAAUUAGUGAUUUCCUCAAUGGUACACAAGAUUGUUGUUUUUAUCUCAAGUGUCUCGCUAAUACAUUCGCGUAUAAGUUCAUUUGAAAAUUUGUCGCUAUACAUCAAGUAAUAUGAAGAAUUGUAUUACAAUGUUGUAUUCAAAAUUGUGCAUAUUAUGAUAGAAAUUGAACAUUUUCAUGUUGAUAACGAAUGAUAUAAAAGCAAAAAGUUCCGAAAUGAUUUGUAUUUACCAAUUGAAUUACAAGGGCGAAAAAAUAGUGAAUGAGAAAAGGUUUUUUUUUUAAUGUGACAUGAUAAAACAAUCGUUUGAGUUUGUGACUACAAAAUUUGAGUUCUCUAAAGUUUUCUGGUUACAAUUUUGAUGAUCAAUUAAUGGACAUGCGAAGAACACUAUAAGUAAGAGUUUGAAAUUCAAAACUGUGCUAUUGGUGUGUUUUAGUUGGACGAACAGUUUUAUGCUAUACGCUAAUGGAUAAAUGAUAAUAAUUGAAGUUUAGUUCUUAGUGUUUUUUUUCUAUCAAGUUUUCAUCAGAAGAAUAGCGCUAGAAAGUUGAAAGAAGAAUUUUUAUCUUCAUGAAAAGUUUCUUCUUCCAUAUAAUAAUUGAAAUAUAAACAUUUAAUAUUCAUAUGCAUUAGGCAGAGUUGUAGAAGUUUUAAAAAACAGUUCAUAUAAUAAUCAUUCUAUGUGACAAUUGAGAAAAAUUGUAUCCGAGGAUCGAAAAUGAAGAUUUACUGGCAGAAAAAAUGUGCGAAUGUUAAAAAGGAACGAUCAAAAAGUAUUGCAAACGAAGAGUGGAAGGUGAUUUUUUGUGUUUUUCACACCUAUGCAGUUAUGUUUUCACAUUGAACAAUGUGUGGUGUUCGUAAAUUGGAAGUUUCUGAUGUGCUGAAAAA